UUAGUGGUGAAGUUACCUGAGGGAAGCCCCGACUUGUGGCACUCUGCCUCCUGCAACAUGACGAGCGAUGAGCUGCAUGAGGGUUUGUCAGAAUGGGGAAAGGCUGCAAAGGAGACACUUCUUCAGAAAUGUAAGUCACAAACACAAUUAUCAACUUUGUGUAAAGAGUCGGAAGAGCUGAGUUGUGAGUUACGUGCAGAGUACAAUCAUUUUGCUUCUUUACUUCGAAUGCAACGAGAGUUUCUGCAGAAUAUUGUAGGACUAGUUCCAUUCAUUAAAGAGAAAAGGCAUUUAGAAGUGGAGAUUGCCACGGAGCGGGGACAGUUACAAGAAGAUGAGAAGGUUCAUCAAGAAAAGGUGGCGGAUAGGCAAAGGAAAUCAGAAGUUGCCCUUGAAGAACUGAAAAAGAAAUUUGGUUUCCAAAAGAGUGGAGCUGUAGAAAAAGCUAAGAAAGCAGAGAUCUCUUAUGAGAAAGAAGUAGUACAGUUGGAUGAAGAGAUUAAAAAACUCACUGAUAAAUUAAAGCAGAUGGAAAUCUGUCAUUUGGACACAUUAUCAGAUCUGGAAAGUAAGCACAAGAUAGAGCAGGAAUACCUACAAUACCGAAUCCAGUUGUUAAAAGAGAAUCGGUCCAGUCAGGCAUUAACAGACAAGGCUGUGAUUACCAGAAAGGUGCGUACCGUUGAACUAGAAUAUAAAGCAAAACUUGAAGAAAUGGGCAAGAAUUUAGAGGACCAUAAAGCUCAGAAUACACAGCUGAAAGAAGAGCUGCGUACAGUGCAUGAGGCCUUAAGGCACCAAGAACUACUAAAUAUUGUUCGUAAUGUUCCUCCUUGGUCCAGAAGUACUACUGGUUUACCAGCACCUGAGCAGAUAUCAGCAGAUUCCCCAAUUCAAACUAGAGCUAGAACGAGAUACAGUGACUCUAGUGGUGAAACCACUCAAGUUUCUUCAACCAAAGAUGUUGAUUUGGGAGGGCAAGAAAAAACAUUCUCACCUCAGUAUAGUUCUUCAAAAUCAGUUAGAAGGAAAUUAUUCAAGAGGAAGGCAACAGAGCCCUUAAGUAAUAUAUGAAGCUGAAUAUACGGGCCAAAUUCUGGGGAUGGAUACCCUUUGGUUGAUAACUGAUUACUAGAUAGUGCUAGUUUUUCAGUAAUUAAGGGGGGGGGGGGGUUUAAUAAAAUGGGUUGGCCAAUAUAACUACCCAUUGGUAUUGAUAUAAAAAUUUCCAAGCCCUACUGAAAUGCAGCCUUUUUGUUGAGUUUUUCUAAGGAAAAUUUAUAUAUUGAUAUUAAUUUUAGUGAUGUUACUGUAUCAUCUAUCUGGUUUUGAACUCGACACUAUUAAUCUUCAGAUUGGAAAUAAGUUAUUUGUUUCAAAAUGGAAAUAUUCAUGCAGAACAUGAAAAAUACUUGAUUUUUUUUAAAUUUGCAUAAGGAUUAUUAUUAUUUAUAUUGAUGUACUACUGUUUGCAUGUGAAAUCUCACCAAAAAAGAUAUGGCUCAAGAAUCAGGUUCAAGGAUAUUAUUUAAGAAUUUACACUUGAUAAAAGCCUCUGUUAAAUUUGUAAAUGCCCCUUCUCUUGGGAGAGCAGUGAAAAACCUUAGUAAAUGGCAAACAGUAAA